AAAGAAUGGUUAAAAGCAGAGGAGCGUUAAUAACAUCAGCGAAGUUUGCCUUCUGUAUUGAAAUCAAAGAGGCGGGGGAGCAGAUGCAGUGAAUCACUUGUGUAAAGUAAAUGUUGGGGAACGUUAGUAGAGGCAUCGCCAUCGUGUUCGUCUUCGCCAUCGACUCGUUAGUUAAAUUUUUGAGUAGCAAUGAACGCCAGUGAAUAGUGGAGUAACGUGGCUUUAUAUUUAAUAAAAACCAAACUAAAUUUUAUACCAGCUUAUUUUGUGUUGCUUAAUUAUGUAAAAUGUGCUUUGCUAAAUUUAAAAUAAUUUGCAAAACUUAGUGCUGGUAAAAUCGAUUCGUUUGGUGAAAAGUCUAUGAAAAAUGACUUUAGUAAAAGUGCACAUAAGAUGGGCAGACAAAGCGAAUCAAAGUAUGAAAAAAGAAUCUAAAGGAUAUAUAUCUGAAACACAUGAGAAACAUUGGCAAAAAUAUUUAGUGAAAACAAUUAAAAUAUAAUAAUUUAUCUAUGUGAAGGCAUAUACAUACAUAUGUAUACACGGACCUACAUGCAUAAAUGUAUAUACAUUCAUAUGUAUGUAUGUACUUGGCGUGAUUGUCAGACUGGAAUCGAGAUGAUAACCCGUAAUUAUGUAAACCUAACACCAGAUUAGAACGUGGAAGAUGAAAAUGUGUAUUGGAGCCCAUUCCUUAUGGUAUUAUUUCAAGAAACCUAAAUACCGUCCUUCGUUUUAUUAAAAUUAUUGUGCCUUUUAAACGAAUUCAAACCAAGAACUUAGCCAAUUACUAACCAAAUCGUGCAUACAUACAUUUGUAUGUACACACAACACAACAUACCCGCAUAUGUAUAUAAAGGCUCUACGAAAAAAUUUGUGUGUUAAAUUGACGCGUAGCUAUAUGUACGUCUUCCCCAGUUAUACAAAGGAGUGAAACUUGUUUGGCAAACUUCCUCCAACAACUCAAAGAUGUCGUCACUAAAAGUUGCCGUUCGCGUUCGCCCCUUCAAUACACGGGAAAUCGAUAUGGAUGCACAACUCAUUGUGCAAAUGGACAGCAAAAAAACCCGCCUCCUGAAACCAAAACUGCAAUCCAUACGCGAUGUUGGACGCGAUAAUCAUCAUGAUUUCACAUUCGACUACUCAUACUGGUCAUUUGAUGAGCAUGACAGUCACUUUGCAACCCAAGAAGAAGUUUACAACGAUCUGGGUACAGAUGUCAUCGACUGCGCCUACGAAGGUUACAAUGCAUGCGUUUUUGCAUACGGUCAAACGGGUUCGGGCAAAACCUUUACUAUGAUGGGUGCACCCGAUAAUCCAGGUUUGAUUCCACGCAUAUGUCAAGAGUUGUUUGCGCGCAUGCGUGUCGGCCAGGAAUCAGGUACAGGCUAUAAGACACACGCCAGUUAUUUGGAAAUUUAUAAUGAACGCGUGAAAGAUCUAUUGGGUCCGCAUAGCGCUGGACAUGGCUUGCGUGUACGUGAGCACCGCACUUUAGGACCAUAUGUCGAGAAUCUCUCCCAACAUGCGGUUUCGAAUUUCGAGGAAAUUCAGGAAUGCAUUGCUCGUGGCAAUAUUCAACGCACCACUGCGAGUACAAAUAUGAAUGAUACCAGCAGUCGGAGUCAUGCUAUUUUUACCAUAACCUUUGUACAAGCCGUCUUCAUGAAUGAUAUGCCAAGCGAAACUGUCUCAAAAAUCCACUUGGUAGAUUUGGCAGGAAGUGAGCGAGCGAAUGCAACUGGCGCCACUGGACAGCGCCUCAAGGAAGGUGCACAUAUAAAUAAAUCCCUAGUGACAUUGGGUAGCGUGAUCUCAGCAUUAGCCGAACAAACGAACACCAACUUUGCCACACUAGCUAGCAGUCCAACUGGCACAACCAAAAGAAUACUAUACAUUCCAUACCGUGAUUCUAUACUCACAUGGCUGUUAAAGGACAGUUUAGGUGGCAACAGUAAGACAAUCAUGAUUGCCGCACUCUCACCGGCGGAUUGUAACUACAGUGAAACACUUAGCACUUUGCGCUACGCAAAUCGUGCCAAGAAUAUAAUAAACAAACCAACAAUUAACGAGGAUACCAAUGUUAAAUUAAUACGUGAAUUGCGAGAAGAAAUCAAUAAACUAAAGUCCAUGCUAAAUGGUGAUAUUAACACAUUGCAGCCUUCGUUAAAAGUUUUAGAAGAUCUUCAAAAGAAGGAAGCUCAAGAGAAAGUUUUAACCGAAGAGUGGACUGAAAAAUGGAAAGAAGCACAAUCCAUUCUACAGGAACAAAAGAGUUUGGGUCUGCGAAAGUCUGGUCUAGGUGUCGUUUUAGAUUCGGAAAUGCCUCAUCUCAUUGGUAUUCAUAACGAUGUCACCACGGGCGUUACAUUAUACAGCUUGAAGGAGGGUGAAACACUUAUCGGCACUGAGAAUUCAGAUACACCUCAAGACAUCGAACUUGUUGGUGAUGGCAUACGGCCACAACAUUGUAGAAUUGUUUUACAAGAGGGCAUUGUAACAUUACAUCCACAUCCUGGUGCUCAAUGUUGGCUCAAUGCGCAUCUUAUCGACGAGCCAACACAUAUAUCUCAAGGCGACAUUAUUUUGCUGGGACGUACGAAUAUCUUUCGUUUCAACAAUCCUGCAGAAGCAGCCAAAUUGCGCAAAGAUCUCAGUCGCUCCCAAUUGGAUAUGUCUCGUUUAUCAUUGAUUACGUCAUCUCGUGAAAAUUUGCUAACAUCGAGUUUUUAUUCGGAAGAAGAUUCCAUGAGUGGUAGUAUGACUGCAUCACCAUUGAAACGACCCGAACGUCAAUACUAUCCAACAAAACCCAUGUCGCGAGAUGAUCCAGAAUUGCAAGACGAAAAUCGUAAAAUACUUGAGACUAUUGAAAAUGCCUUAAAACAACUGAAUAUUGAGCGCGUACAAAUGCAUGACCAGUACAAAGCGAAGGUGCGAAAAUUGACGGAUGAGCUCAAACGCUUGGAAAUUGAAGAAAUGGACAAAUUGGACAUAUUGCGCUGUCAGGAACAAGAGCUUCUUGCCAGAAGGGAUAUGCUACUCUGGGAGAAAAACAAUGAAAAAGUGCAGAUUGAUAUCGUCUGUAGACAAAUUUCAGCAUUUCAAACUCAGCUUGAUUCAAAGAAACGAGAUUUUUCUGAAUACGUUGCCAAAGAAUUGCAAGAAAUGCAAGAUUGUGGCAAAUUAGAUGAGAUCGGUAUUAAGAUUGAAGAGUUCACUCCCUUAUCAGAUCAGCUAUUGCUACAAGUCGCAGAUUCUUUGGACUUAUUUGCGUCACAAUUUAUAAAGGACACAGUAAAAAGAAAUAAUGACGAAAUUCGAAAACUCGACGAAAAAAUCAUGGAAAAAGAAUGCAUUUUAAAUGCCAGUACAAAGCGAAUUGCUCAAGUAGAUGAACAAAUUUUGCAAAUACAACAACAAUUGGAGAAACUACAGGAAGAACGUCAAGAAAGUGAAGCAAGCUCAGAGUUUUUACGACAAAAAAAGCUCGGAUUGAAUUUAAACUUAGCAAAAACGACCUCCACCAACACAGAUGACUCAACCUACCACACUGCGCAAUCAAAUAUUUCACUGAGCUCACCUACCAUUGUUGACGAUCAGAUUUCUCCACUUAGCACACUCUCAGCGACGUCAGCAGACUUAGAUGACACUAGUACCACAGAAAGAGGUGUUUCUUCGAGCAUUUCACUUAAAAGCAGUCCAUCUGAGAGUUGUGAAGUGGCUAACAACAAUUUGAUACCGACCCCAGCAGCUGCAUCAAAAGCUAUAAUGAGCGAUAGCGGCGUAUAUUUGGAUCCGGUUAGAACAACACAACAGGUUGCUAAUUGUAAUGGAUUAUCUACUAGUAAAGGCAAAGACAAUAACAAUAGACUUGCUGAAGGAUUGGAAAAUACUGCAAUUGGCUCAGCUAGUGGGAAUUCCGGUUCAAAUGGCACAGGAAUGCGGACAUCCGACGAGGAUAGCGCCUCAUGCUCCUCAUGUGAAACGGGGCGUAAAACGGAUGUGCCGCGCCCAUAUUGUUCCAUGCAUGCACUUAGGCGUAACAUUGCCAAUCAGAAGGCAUUAAUUAUGAAAAAUCUCGAAAUGAAUGUGAGCAAGGCGCAGCUAGAUGAGCAGAUUGUAGAGCUGCAGGAGCUGCAACGUAGGCUGAUUGCCAUGGAGAAGGAAUUGCUCGAUUCGCCAGAUGAUUGUAUUGCUGAGAGAGAUGAGUGCAGUACAUACUAUCGAGGUGAAAAUGACAUAAAUUACGAGUUAAGUCCAAAUGACUGUAUGGAUGAGUCAGCUUACAUGCCCAGCAUGACACGCUCUUGCCCCUCAAUGAGGGAUUUUCCCGAAUCAGAGCAUUUCAUUACAAUACCAAGCUUUGUGAUACGUGGUGCCGGAAAACAAACGCACUACGAAUACGAAGUGCGCAUUACACUUCCCGAUGGCAAGCUUAACAUCUUACGACGCUACAGUCGUUUUAGGGAAUUGCAUUUGAGCAUGAAACAUUGUUAUGGAGCGAAAAUCAGCGCCCUGCCUUUUCCACGGCGAGAGAUUUUCUCCUCCAACAGCGAAUCGGUGGCUAAGCAUCGCAGACGACUGCUUGAACUUUAUUUGCGGCGCUUGUUUGUUGUUUGCACGAAAAUACCACAGUGCCCCAUUUAUGAGGGACCCGGCGGGCCGGGCCUCACUCGUGCCACACUCUCUCAGCUCUCGCCUUUUUUCAAGAAAGGUUUGUUCGAGAACGGCAAGCACGGGACGGGAUAA